AUGAAGCUUUGAGGUGCUGCAAAGCCUUUAUUACUAAUCUCAUAGUUGCAGAUUUAAUCGUACCUAAGGUAUACUAUCUGAGCCAUUCACUUAUGAGAGAGAGAGGGGUUGAGUACUAGGACAAUCGCACGUCGUGAAGUAUGGCUGAAGAUCCUUAUUUGGGACGGGUAAUCACUGCUUUUGAAGGCGGGAUAACUACGCGUAUAAUUACCCACCCUUCUCAUCCCAACCGAGCCUUCGCCUAUGACGUGACCUUCCUCCUGCAACACCCACGGGUCGUCGCAGUCGCGUCCCAAAGGCCCCCGCUACACUUCCAUCCCCACCAGGAAGAGUAUCUCCAGGUGCUCGAAGGGCGUCUGGCCGUAGAGGUCGAAGGCAAAGAACGCAUUCUUGCCCCUGAAGAUGGCGAGGUGGCCUUCCCUCCGUGGACGAACCACAGAUUAUACGCGCCGCUCGCCGGGGAUACGGACGGGAGCCUGAAGGUGACGAGAUUCUUACUUUCGGCGGCGAAAACCGCCGAGCCGUUCAGGCUCGAUACCGUCUUCUUCGAGAAUUGGUAUGCGUACCAGGACCAAAUUGUGGUCAAGGGCAAGAAGGUCGACUUAAUACAGGUCAUGAGCACGUUUGAUGCAGGCGGUUCUUACCUUUCACUGCCCAAGUGGAUACCGUUCAGCAAGACGUUGGCAUAUGCCUUGGGUGUUGCGGUAGGUAGAUGGCUGGGCGGAAUCCUAGGAUAUCAGCCAUUCUACCGUGAAUGGACGACAGAUUGGCAAUCAGCAUGUCACAAGAUGGAGAUGUCUGUCUUUCAAAGGCGGUUCGCAGACCGAGCCAAAGUUGAGUAGAAUGAUCUUUGCAUUAGGUAUCUCACUGGAUUGAACGACGCUUAUUCAGUAGCCCUUGCUCCUAUCGUACACGUAAAAUCCCAAGAAUUCCCUUAGAUGUAAAUUGUCCGCUGGUAUUUGGAAAUCAAAUUUGUGAUUCGACAACUUCAUUCUUAAACACCCCGCUUAAACAUCAAACAUUUGCUCCCCUGAUCUCUCUAUUCCCAGAUGUGCGACGUUCAUAUAAUUGAAAUGGCGGUGUCCUCUUUAGUGAUCUUUGCCCAUUCGGCGCUCUUAACCCACAGUUUUUCCUGCGUAUCUUCGUUAUAACUAUCGGGGGAACUGGGCUCCUUUUUCAACGUGAGGAGAUAGCCACGCUCUCCUGG